UAUAUAUAUUACAUUAUUUAACGCGAACUAAUUCCACGCGUAGAUAGUUCCAACGAAAGACUUUUGUAUUUCAUUUAUACGUUAAUUUUUACAAUGUAGUAUCAGUUCGUAGUAGAUGAGUUUCGGUCGAAUAGUUACAAUUAAAAUGCGUAACGUUAAAUAGUCGUGACGUGAUCUUUCACUUCGACGACGUGCAGAUAAAAAUGUUUUGUCGAAUUGGUUUCAACGUGUAAAGUUUAAAGAUACGCAACGAAAGUUUUUUCAAGUACAAUGUGUCGCGGGUACUCGAUGGAACUACGUACGGUCCUGUGUAUUCGCGCGGUCCGAUCACGCUGUGGCGCUGGAGAGGGGAGGGCCCGUCAACUAUGGCCGGCGCAGGCCACGAAAGAAAUGUGGCAGCGCGUUUCGUUUAGUACGGACUUAGACUGCUCUAAGCGGCGGUCGCGUACGCCGGUGUCCGAUAAUAAAGACGGCGGCGAGGACGACGAAGAGAAUAAGAUACGCGAGGAAGAAUAUUACGAAGUUGGCAGUGAGGAGGCAACGACGAGAAGUAUCAAAAGAAAGAAAGAAAGACGAAGAAGAAGGAUCGUGCGAGAAGGGGAAGACGAAGGAAGAAAAGAGAAGACGUGAUAACUCGCUGGUAGAGAGAGAGAGAGAGAGAGAGAGAGAGAGAGACAGUGUUCGUCGCUGGACCGUAGAACACUCUCGGUCUUCUUCUUCUUCUUCUUUCUUCGUCUGGCGUUGACGACACACGCGUGUGCCUGCUUCUCCUUUAAGACGAUACUUACGCCUACGUGCGUGAACCGGAUGUUCGUUGAAUGAGAAUAAACAUUUUUACGAAUAUUGUCGAGAAUAUACCAUAAAGAAUAAAUGGAACACGGUAUAUGAAGAAAAAGAAGAAGGAAGAGGAAGAAGAAGAAGAAGAAGAAGAAGGAAAAGAAUUAGAAUAUACAUACGAUUCACACGAAAAGGCCAAGAGAAGAAGAAAAAAAAAAGUGAGAACAACUAAUCCAGAACAGUUUUGUGAGAUAUAUAUAUAUAUAUACACAUAAAUAUAUACACACGUACAUAUAUAUACAAUCCUUUGGCCGUAUAGAAGAGGUUAUCUUUUUCGCGUAUUACCGCGAGAAUAUUCUCGUGUUACGUCACGUCGCACGUCACGUUAAGGUAGACAUUCCUGGCAUAUUUGGCGGGAAUUUGAAUUUAUCGAUUGGAACGAGCCAGAAUUUCGUCGAUUUGUAUCUCACGUACUCGUUUAUGCGAUUUUCUCUUAUAACCGAGAAAGGACGACUUUCCACGAAAUAACUAAACCUUAAGAAAACUCUUGGAUCUCCUCCUUUAUCCCCACCUCCUACACCCCCGUGUAUAAGACACGUGGAGACGGUGGAGGUGGAGAAAGAAGUGGAGGUGGAGGAGGACGGCGGGAGGAGGGCGGGAGGUGGCGGUGGUGGUGGAAAGAGGAGGAGGAGGAGGAGGAGGUGGAAGAAGAAGGGGAUAUUAAAAAUAGUUACACAGAGCGACGUGCCGGGGCGAAUGCAUGACGGAUCAUGGUUUCUGCGUCCGGCCCAACAGGGAUCCUAGCGGGACGCCCUUCCGUCUUGCAGACGUCGUCGUCCUCUUCCUCGUCGACGAACACGGCUACGACGACGACGACGACGACGUCGACGACGACGACGGCGACGACGACUAUCACUACUACGAGUUUAGCCACGCCAUUAAAUGGGAAUGUUCAUCGUUGCGAAAAUAAUUUCGCUAAGGCCAUCGCCGAAAGCAACAAACGACGUCACGAGUCUGAUUUAUACGUCAGACCGAGCUGGACCGACGCCGCCAUCGCCUUGGAUCAACUCGAAAAGGGCAAGGCGGAAGGACAGAGGUCAGCAGUAUGGAUCAGAGCUCGAUUGCAGGACCAGCUGAGUCAGCUUGGCUACUUCCUGCAAAGGCACGCGGGAAAGGUUCUCUUCGUCGCCAUACUAGCAUUGGCUACCUUUUGCGUCGCAUUAAAAUCGGCACAAGUACACAGCAAGGUCGAACAGCUUUGGGUUCAGGAAGGUGGAAGAUUACAAAAAGAAUUAAAGUACGCGUCGGAAGCACUUGGAGAGGCCGCACCAUCGACGCAUCAGCUCGUUAUCCAAACCCCAAGACAUCCCGGGGCAAACAUCCUACAUCCUGCCGCGUUGAAAGAACAUUUGGCAAUUCUCAAGGCAGCUACUCAGGCCACCGUACAUCUCUUCGAUAUCACGUGGAGACUGAAAGACAUGUGUUACGCGCCGAGCAUACCCAACUUCGACAUGCACUACAUCGACCAGAUCUUCGAUAGUAUCAUACCAUGCGCGAUCAUAACACCUUUGGAUUGUUUUUGGGAAGGAAGCAAACUUUUAGGCCCUGAACAUCCCGUUCACAUACCUGGUGCAAAAACGAACAAGCCCGUCCAAUGGACCAAUCUCAAUCCAUCCGGUAUGUUGGACGAGAUGAAAAAACUGCAAUUCAUGUUUCCCUUCAAAACGCUUGAGGACUACAUGAAGAGAGCUGGGAUAACGAAUGCCUACCAAAGCAAACCGUGCCUCGAUCCAACGGAUCCUGAGUGUCCGGAAACCGCACCCAACAAGAAGUCGCAGCAGGAACCGGACAUAGGAGCCGAACUAACCGGUGGUUGUUACGGAUUCGCGGCGAAGUACAUGCAUUGGCCCGAAGAAUUAGUCGUCGGUGGUGCGAAACACAACAAGACUGGUCACUUAACCCGAGCAGCAGCCUUGCAAACGGUCGUUCAAUUGAUGGGCGAACGAGAACUCUACGAUUUUUUGGCUAAUACCUACAAGGUACAUCAUAUAGAUUGGUCGCAAGAAAAGGCUUCUCAGGUGCUUGAAACAUGGCAAAGAGAAUUCAGCAACAAGGUGAAGAAACAUUUGGAAAUAAACAGUACGUCGUCGUACAAUCUCUACGCCUUCAGUACUACGACCAUGAACGAUAUACUUGGAAAGUACAGCGAGGUGUCCGUUAUGAAAAUAGGGAUUGGAUGCGCUUUGAUGUUGUUUUACGCGGGUAUUGCACUUUUACGUUGGAAGGAUCCAGUACGCUCUCAAUCUGGCGUUGGAAUAGCCGGUGUGAUGUUGGUCGGUGCAACGGUCGCUGCUGGUUUAGGAUUUUGUGCCUUACUUGGUAUCCCCUUUAAUGCCGCCACGACGCAAAUAGUCCCGUUUCUAGCGUUAGGACUCGGCGUUCACGAUAUGUUCCUAUUGACGCACACGUAUGCAGAGUUAUCGGUGAAUGAGGUGCCGAGCGGAGAACAGACCGGGGUCGUUCUCAAGAGAACGGGUCUCUCUGUUCUCUUGACCGGCUUGAGCAACGUCUCGGCCUUCUUUGCUGCGGCCUUGAUACCGAUCCCCGCUCUUCGAGUAUUUUGCCUUCAAGCUGGCAUUCUUCUUCUCUUCAAUCUUGCUGCAAUGUUACUCGUAUUUCCCGCUAUGGUCAGUUUAGAUCUAAGAAGACGUAGAUCCGGUAGAUCCGAUAUAUUGUGUUGCUGUUUGCCGGCGAAAAACGGAAGGAAUAAAUAUUCCGGCAGGAGAAGUAACGGCACGGCCAAACAAACCGUAGCGAGAGCUAUACCACCGGAAAGACGGGAAACUUGUACGCAAAUUUUGACGUCUCAAAAUGCUCAGAGCGAGUCCUGGGUCGGCGGUAACAUCAUAGACGCUGAUUUCGACAAACAGUGUACCGAGGAGGAAUCCUUAACCGGAUGCAGUCAAGACGACUGUCUUAGUUUCUCUUUGACGAAAUUUGCGGCUAAGACUUAUGCCCCGUUCGUGAUGAAACCGGCGACGAAGGUUUUUGGCAUGUUUAUACUGGCUGCCGUACUCGCCGGUAGUGUUUGGCAAGCGAUGAGAGUGAGCGACGGAUUGGAACUAACAGAUUUGGUUCCUCAAAAUUCGAACGAGCAUGCCUUCCUCGCGGCCCAGGCCAAACAUUUUGGAUUUUACAACAUGUACGCGGUCACUGGACGAGAUUUCGAGUAUCCGAAUAACCAAAAACUGUUAUACGAGUAUCACGACGCUUUUAUGAGAAUAAAAAAUGUCAUUAAGAACGACAAUGGAGGUUUACCGGAAUUCUGGCUUAGUCUCUUCAGAGAUUGGCUCAAGGGAUUGCAGAAUGCUUUCGACAAGGAUUAUAAAAAUGGUUGUAUCACUCAAGAAAGGUGGUACAAGAAUGCGAGUGACGAGGCGAUUCUGGCGUACAAGUUGCUCGUACAAACGGGCCAUGUAGAUAAUCCGAUUGAUAAGACUUUAAUCACGCAAGUAAGACUCGUCGAUUCUGAGGGGAUCAUUCAUCCACGUGCUUUUUAUAAUUAUUUGAGUGCAUGGGCUUCCAACGAUGCUUUGGUUUACGGUGCUUCUCAGGCGAAUCUUAGGCCCGAACCAAGACAAUGGAUCUAUACCAACGAUCACGAGUUAAAAAUACCGAAGAGUAUGCCUUUGACUUACGCGCAAAUGCCCUUUUAUCUUCACAAACUUACCGAUACUCAGGAGAUCACGGAAUUAAUAGGAAGCGUAAGGAAAUUGUGUAGGAAAUUCGAAGAACGUGGACUACCUAAUUUUCCAUCGGGAAUACCUUUCUUAUUCUGGGAACAAUAUAUGGAUCUAAGAAGUUGUUUGGGUGUAGCGUUGCUCGCAGCACUUGGAGCCAGUAUUGUCGUUAUCGGUAUACUCCUUUUAAAUCUUUGGGCUGCGCUUUUGGUGGGAACUGCUCUUGCUGGCGUCGUUUUACAACUCCUUGGACUUAUGGGACUUUGUGAAAUUAAAUUGAGCGCCGUUCCUGCCGUCCUUCUUGUUGUCAGUGUCGGAAUAGCUGUACACUUUACCGUACAUAUUUGUUUGAGUUUUGUUACAAGCGUUGGCAGUAGAGAUAGGAGGGUACGUUUGGCUUUAGAACACAUGUAUGCUCCUGUUGUUCACGGAGCCUUCACAACGCUGUUGGCAGUCGUCAUGUUAGCUUUUUCGGACUUUGAAUUCAUUGUUCGAUAUUUCUUCCUCGUACUUCUAUCUUUGAUUGGAAUCGGCCUUGUCAAUGGACUGUUCUUUUUUCCAAUAUUAUUGUCUCUGAUUGGUCCUUCACCCGAGAUUAUACCGAAUGAUCAUCCUGAUCGAAUAUCCACACCAACACCUCCGGCUUCUCCGAUCAUUAGAAGAUCGAAACCACCACCGCCACCUAGAAGAUCUCAUAAAAUUGAUAACGCGAGACUGCACGCAGAACCUUCGCUAACUACCAUCACCGAGGAACCUAAUUCCUGGCACAGUACACAAGAAUCGUGUAUUAUCGUCCAGCCUGAAUUAAAGGUCGAGACGAUGUCAACUUGUGGUAAUCAGAAUUGUAGCGGAUCAGAUACAAGUGGAUCUAGUCGAACGUCGCCUGUGCCAUCAACUUCUCACAUCACGACUAAGGUCACUGCCACAGCUAACAUAAAGGUUGAAGUUCAUACACCAUUGACCAUAGGUGGAAUGGAUCGUAGUGAAAAAUGCCAGCACGCCAGCACCAGUAGCCGAAGGAGCUCGCGCUGCAAUGCGAACGUUAAUACAGGGGAGUCUUCCGGUUCCAAUUCUGAACCGGAUUCUGACACUAAUCCGAACAAACACUAAUGACAAAUAUCGUGAAGACAAGCAAAUGUUGCUAAAAUACCACACAAAGCGGGAACACACAGAAGGCUGACUAGGAUAGACUUUUUACUAUAUCUUUUUUUUAAUUAUUAUUAUUAUUAUUAUUAUUAUUAUUAUUAUUAUUUCUUAUAAUUAAGUAAUGCAAUAGAUUUGUCUUACUUAAUUCUUAAAGCGGAAAAAGUAUUAUAAAAACAAACUUACGUUAAACUGAUUCAUUAUCCAUGACUGCUCAUUGUAACAUGCAGUAAUCAUAUGCAUUGUAUAUACAUGUUUUCAUGGGAGCAUUUAUGUUUAUAUGUAUAACGCAUUUAAAAUAUGGCAGCAGCAACAGCAGCAGUAGCAACAGCAGUAAGCUUUUAUUCUUAAUGUACAGCAUAUUUGUAUGAACGGCUGCUUUUUUAAAAGUUACAUCCAUUGUAUGACAAUUUUUAAGACCAAGAAUAUGUACAAGGGGAUUUUCUUAGAUUUAUUCAACGAAUAACGUCUGAAUGAGUGUGUCUCUUAUGUAAAACGAGGUGCAUUAAUAAUACUUUUCAGAAACAUCUACACUCUGUUACUUUGCCGAACUUUCUUUUCCAUAUAUUUUCUUUUACGUUUUCGUUUCUAUCAUAUAAAAAAAAAUAUAUAUAUAUCAUUUUGUAAGCGCAAUGUUUACAUGCAUGUGAGAACGACUAAACACAAAUAAACACUGCCCAACAAGAAAAGAAAACUCGGUAAAAUGAAAGAAGAAAAUCCCCAAUAAGUAUCAUUAAUGCACCUCCUUUUACACUAGGAAGUACAAUUAAUUUUAUAGAAAUGUAGAAUGAAUUUAUUUAUAUAAACAAAGAUGUUUACUGCCAAUUUCUUAUUUUACAUGUAACAAGGACUGAAAUUUCUUUGAUGAUAUAUAUAGAUAUUAACAGUCAAAACUGUAAUACAAAGUCGAUAAGUUUUUUUUUUGCCUUUGAUAGAUACAUACACCGUCGUAUUUCGUAAAAAAAAAAAAAAUGAAAAAGAAAAAAGAAAAAAACAUGGUACAAGUUUCAGUAUUUUAUUUACCAACUCGUGUACCAUCAUUUUGUGCCUUGUGUGCAACUAUUACAGUCAAAAAUAUAUAAUGCAUACUUUGUUAAGCAUAUAGUUAGUGAAAAUUGGGAAAUAAUAAUUAUAUAAUGUUAAUAAUUAUAUAUUUCCUUUCAUAGGACAUGACAGAAAUAAGUAAUAUUAAACUUUUAUUGAGCAUUUUAUUUAUUUCUCACACACCUCAAGAAAAAUAAAAUUUGAAAACUAUAAUAUUUAUUAUAUGCUAACGUUAAUGUGCAGUGUGUAUGUGACAUGAGCGAUAUUGAAUUUUGAAAGCUAUUUAUUAUUUAUUUUAUAUUCUCAUUCUUCUUUCUCUCUCUCUCUCUCUCUCUCUCUCUCU